AUGGAUAAAAUAAAGAUGCUUAACUUGGAUUCUGACUAAUUUUCAAUUGAUCAUUUAAGACCAAUUCCUAAUCUUGUAAAUGCAAAUACUUUAUAUUGGAAUGAGAUUAGUAUGCUUAAUAAUAUAUAAUGGAAUUACACUCUUUAAAUAAAUAGCGAUAAAUUGAGUUAAGUAAAAGAAAUUGUAUAGAAAGCUUGUUGCACUUAAGUCAGUGAUUAAGAAUACAAAGUAUAAAAUAUUUUUAGCAUAGUUGAUUUAAGACUUUUUAGAAAAUGAUGAAUAUUUAUUGAAGAAUUGUGGAUUUACAACUUAAAAAUUACCUGAUUUAAUAGAGAAUAAUGCAAACCUUGUACUUUUUUUCUUAAUGAAAAAUGUGAAGUCUUCUGAUUUCUAAGAGUAAAUUAUUUAAUAAUUUAAGUUAUUUGGAUGUAUUUAUAAAUAUUGAUGUCACUCCUGCUACUAUUGAAUUAAUUGCUAUGAUAAAUUAUUCAAUGAAAAUACCUCCUGAUUUCGUUACAUAUUAUGUGUAUUAUUGUAUUUAAUAUUGUAAUAAUAUUAAAGUAAAUUAUAUUAUACAAUCAAAUAGGAAAAAUAAACAUAAACUAAAAUAGUUAAAUAUGUCAGCAUUUUCAUUCGACACUUUUUAAAAACAAAGGCAAUUGUAACCAAAGAUCUUCUAACUGAAGUAAGCUUUUUAUAAGUACAAAAGCUACAAGCAUUUUGCAUAGAGUUUACCAGAGUUAAUGAAGUGUCUUAACUUUUUAAAUCUGUAAAAGCUUUCAAUGAGUUAGGUGCAUGA